CACGUUUGUUCGAACCCCUACUGGUUGGAACCCGACAACAUCCACUACGAUGCAUCUAGCAGAUACAGCCUAUAUACUACGAUUUGCAAUUCGGUUCCGACAGUCACGUGAAGUUUCCUGCUUUGUGCACAAAGGCGCAUAUUGUUCGGAGUGCGGGCCAAAACACCAAGUUUUCUUACAGCCGCUUGCCUCGCAGACUUGCAUUCUCGCCAUCUUGCUUUUCAACCGUGCAUCCGAACUUACUGUUUUCCAUCAUGCCACCUACAAGACGCGAAAAGGAGUAUAAAAGGCUCAACAAUACGCCGUGGGGUGAUUUGCAGAAACUUGCAAAGGAAAAUGGGGUCAAGGCCAGGAAGAAGGAUGAUAUCAUCGAGGAGAUCCUCAAAAUAAUGAAGUUGCCUCCUGCCUCUGGGAAUGCAAGGCUUUCAACGCGUACCGAGGACGCGCCUGCUAAUGAAUCUGACGAAGCAGCUGAAGUUGCCGUGGAACUCACCCAUGCUACGACGAAGGGCAAAGGUAAACGCCCGAGGGAAGACGAUCACGCUGAGACAGCAGGGGAACCGCAACUACGCGUUCCCAAGAGGCGCAAAGGAAAAGGCAAGGAGACCUCAGUAGCAAAGGAGGAGGAAAUUGACCAGCCAGCCGAAGAUGAACAAUUCGUUGCACCUCCACGGAGGCAACCUUCGUCUCGCAAAGGCCCCGCUGUCAGCACCAAAGGACGAGGGAAAGACUGGAAGUCCAAACACCAACAUCAAAGUGCAUCCCUCGACCAAGCGCCCACCGAAGCUGACACCGAGUCGAUACAGCUCGAUGAGGAACAACAGAAGCUUUCAUCUCGUGUGGUUUCUAAACGUCGUAGUGCAGCACCAGAACCUGCAUCCACUGAGCCCCAGCCUCCCGAACCUAUAAUCCCCCCAGUGCCUACUCUCCCUUCCGAGCCAACCCUUGAGACUGUCAUCACUGCCUUUCGUCAGACGCUUUCUGUUCUCAAUACCAUGCGCUCUGCUCUCACCUUUUAUGCUAAGCUCAGGAAUGACGUGGAUGAACUGACUGCGACAGCGUUGGAAUUUCAGACCGAUAUGGAUCAGACAAAAAAGCAGCUGCCUGAGCUGGACGAACGUUUGGGAGAGGUCAAGAAGUCUCUUGAAGGGCUAGGAGGAAGUACAGGGGAAGGCACUGACGCCCCAGUGAAAUUGAAGGAUCUUAGACAUCUCGAAACUCGCUUCGAAGAGAAUAACGCACGUCUCGAGUCGUGGGAGGGACAGGUCAACCGGCUAAUUGAUGCGGACUUGCUCGACAAGCUGGAAAACCUCGGUCACCAAGUUGAAACAGGUAGCGCGGGCGGCAACGGGCCGAGUGCUGAGGAUUGGAGGAAGAAGGUGGAGUCCUUGGAACAAAGAGUACUUGAAUUGGAGAAGACACCUAUUAUUCCUGCACCUUGGACCGGUAAUUUGUUGGCUCAAGGACGAUUGAAGGAUGCGUUGCCGCUGACUCCGGAGCCAGAAAAGGAUAGAAUCGAGGAGGUGGGUGAAGGUGAGGAUGCGGGUGAGGACGUCGACCUCGAUGCGGAGAAGGGAAGAGAGGAAAAGGAGAUAGAUGAACCCAAAGAGAAGAGCAGUAAGCCAGUGGAACGGAUUCACAAGGAGUACACUGCACCAGAAGUUCAUAGAAAGGUCAUUUCGACCCAGUCGAACGUCAUUACUGUUUCGACAACAACUGUUAUGGGAGGCAAGUUCCACCAUUCGUACUUAUAGUGAACACCUCUUGCUCUCAAUUCCUAUCGCCUCAAUCCUUAAUUUCUCGGAUUCACGCCACCAUCGUCUCAUCUCCACGAUGUAACACUUAAUUGCUUGUAACAUUAUUUUAUUAUUAUCUAGCUUGUAAUUAUCAUCUCUUGGGAUUGGGAGUUCGAAGUUGCUCGCCGAGGC